CCUUCAGAUAUAGAUAAAUCACACUUCAAACAUACAAGAUGACUAAUCUAAACAAUCGAGUCUUGACUGAGAGCCUGUUUUUCCAGGUUUUAAUGGCAGAGUUGUAAUUUAAUAAUUUAAUAAUCUCAGAAUAAAACAAGCUGAUAAAGGAAAUAGUUCAUUUAAAUACUAAGUUGUAGUUUUACGUGAUAAUUCACAUUGGGAGCCAUCUGUCCAGGUGGCGACAGGUGCAUUAAAACCACAAGGCAUCUAAAAGUUUUUUCUCCAUAGCAAUAAUUGGAUGCCCUAAGCAACUGAGAACAUGGGAGACUGGGGGUUUCUCUCUGCUUUACUGGACAAGGUGCAGUCCCACUCCACUGUGAUCGGCAAAAUAUGGAUGACUGUCCUCUUCAUAUUCAGAAUCCUGGUUUUGGGAGCUGGAGCUGAGAACGUUUGGAGUGAUGAACGAUCUAACUUAGUAUGCAACACAAACACACCUGGUUGCGAGAACGUGUGCUAUGACUGGAAGUUCCCCAUCUCACAUGUUCGCUUCUGGGUGAUGCAGAUCAUCUUCAUAUCUACUCCAACGUUGGUGUAUCUGGGUCACGUGGUGCACGUCAUUCACCAAGAGAACAAACUGAGAGAGGAGCUGAAAAUGAACCCAAUGGCAAAGUCACCGAAAUACUCAAAUGAAAAGGGCAAAGUCAUUAUUAAAGGCAGCAUGCUGGGUAGCUACUUGACUCAACUGUUUAUUAAGAUCAUAUUAGAAAUUGCUUUUAUUGUUGGACAGUAUUAUCUGUUUGGAUUUAUCAUGGAGCAUAAGUUCCACUGUGAACAAUUACCCUGUACGGUUGUGACUGAAUGUUUCAUGUCUAGACCCACAGAGAAAACCAUCUUCAUUAUUUUCAUGCUGGUUGUAGCAUGCGUGUCUCUGGCUUUAAAUGUUCUAGAAAUAUUCUAUUUGCUUUGUAAGAGGAUAACUGGGAAAAAACAGAAAUACAGGGAGAUAAUGUAUGCUCAUGAUACCAGAUAUCCUUCACCGUUUUCUGUAGAACUUGAUCCUGUUAAUGGAAUGAGACACAAUGAGCUAAACAUGGCCCUUCAAAACAGGUGGGACCAAAGCAAAGGCGGCCUUAACACGGCCAGAUCUCAGCUUUAGAGUCAGUCAAUGUGCCUAUUAAAAUAUAUACUACCAUGUAAUCAACAUUAACAGUAGUAUUAUAAUAAAGGAAACACUCUGCCUAUUCACUUUCGUUAAUUGUACACUAGAUGGCGCGGUAACCUUUCAAGUUGCACACACUAACUCUACAAGGCCAGUGAAUUAUGUUUCUCUUUGUCUCUGUCAAUAAAAAAAUCAACAACAAAUUAAAUAAAUAACGCACUUAACAAAUUUACACAAUUUGUCUGCAUUUAUUGUUAAACAUAGAAUA